UGAAUCAAAAUUCUCUGUUUAUUUUUAUAAGCAAGUUUUCUGUCAAAAAUUCGGAUAAUACGUGUCAUAAUAAAAUAACUGAGCAAGUCUGAAAAUUUUUUAUGUGAUUUCUGUUUUACCGAGAUUUUAUUCUAUGUUAUUCAGCUGAUCGUUAACAGUUGCUAAAUUAAAAGGAGCUCAAUAAAAGCCGGUUAUGAAAUUCAUGGAAAAAUGAUUUGAAAAUUUCAAGCAGAUGUUUCAUUUUAAAAGCUUUCUUCUCUGAUCGAAUUUUUUGAAAAGAAGUCGUGGUGGUACAAAAUCCCGUAACCGUGUCAACGGCCUUGAUCCCAACCACCAUGAGAACGAAAACAAUGUUAAUGACAAGAAGAGUGAAGUGUGCGAAUUAACACCCUACAUACACCCCUUUCUUCGUUUCUGUUUGGACUCUUCAUCAAGCAUGGUUUCUCGGGCAAUGAAAAAGUAUCUCAUCCUACUAUGUUUUCCUAUGUUUUUCCUGUUAAUGCUUUAUUUGCUCUAUUCUCCUUGUUCUGAUUCAUCAAGUCAUGGUGUCAUGGUUGCAGCACAGCGUUUCAUCAUGGGUCAAGAUUCAAAAAAGUACAUCUAUAACCGAAGUUUGCCAAUCAUUUUCAUUGGGGGCAUGCCCAGAAGUGGGACCACAUUGUUAAGGGUCAUGCUGGAUGCCCAUCCGGACAUCAGAUGUGGAGAGGAGACGCGUGUCAUACCCCGUCUUCUUAGCUUAAAGCAACAGUGGGUGAAGUCACCUGUAGAGUCUAAAAGACUCCAAGAAGCGGGCAUCACUGGGGAUGUUCUGGAUAAUGCUGUUGCUUCAUUCACACUAGAAAUAAUUGCACGUCACGGAUUGCCCGCUCCUCGAUUGUGCAAUAAAGAUCCCUUCACUCUGAGAUCUGCAGUAUAUUUGCAUUCUCUGUUUCCAAAUGCCAAAUUUAUUCUCCUGAUCAGAGAUGGGAGAGCUGUUGUACAUUCCAUCAUAAGCAGAAAGGUAACCAUAACUGGUUUUGAUCUGACAGAUUAUCGCCAGUGUCUGACAAAAUGGAACGCUGCCAUGUCUGCUAUGUAUGCACAAUGUGUUAGCUUAGGUACAGAUAUUUGUAUGCCUGUUCAUUAUGAGCAGGUUGUCUUACAACCCGAACCAUGGAUGAAAAGCAUUCUAAGCUUCCUUGACAUACCUUGGAAUGAAUCAGUCUUGCAUCAUGAGGAGUUGGUUGAUAAACCGGGUGGAAUAAAAAUUUCCAAACUGGAACGAUCAUCAGAUCAAGUGAUCAAGCCCAUAAAUAUUGAAGCACUCACCAAAUGGGUUGGCAACAUUCCUGCAGAUGUGGUAAGAGACAUGGCAACCAUCGCACCAAUGUUGCAAACCCUUGGCUAUGAUCCCAAUGCCAAUCCCCCAGAUUAUGGAAAACCAGAUUCAUUUGUUCUAAAGAACACCAAUUUCAUCAAAGAGAAUGAACAACUGUAUCAGGAAAAAGAGAAUGAGCUAAAACUGGAAAGGGAACGCCUUCGAAAAAUUUUCAACAAGAAUAAGAAAAAGACGAUGGAGAUGACGAGCAAAGCAAGGAGAAGGCGAAGACGACGAUAACAUUUAUUUAUUGAAAUAGGUAUUUUAAAGACGAUUUUUUAUGUGAUUGCAAACCUUGAUACGGAAAUUAUCAUGCAAAUGCCAGUACUGCUACUGUUGACCUUCCAAAGCGACCAAUGUUUGUGUUGAUAUCUUAUUACAUAUAUAUGAUAAAAGGUUUUAAAUGUUAGAACAUGCAUGUAUUUAUAUAUGCUCUAAAGUCGUUUUACGAAGAUAAUAUUAAUGUUUUGGAUUUGGCAGAUAUGUAUUUAAAUAGGCAUUGAUAUGAUCAGAAUAUUACUGUUUUUUACAUAACUUCGAGGGUACUUAAGUUACAAACAUAUCAAAAAAGCUGCAUUUUAGUAAAAAAAAAAAAAAAAGUUUUUAUUAUUAUACUCAUAUCAAACACCAUAUGUAACGUUUUCGAUUGCCAAAUUUUUAUUUAGGCUUGCUAUUCAAUUAAACGACCCUUUAGGUAAGUUUUUUUUCUUUCUUUUUUUUUUUAAUCUAGUAUAUUUGGAGAAAACUAAGAGUCACCUAAACAAUUUUAUUAGCUAAAUAUUAUAUAUUAUUAGCUUAAUAAUAUUUACAC